CCACAACAUCCGGUCUUACUCGCCAGCUUGUUAGCUAAUUGCUAGAAAGUCUUAAAUUUGUUUUUUUCACCCCCGGAAAGGAAAGAAAGUGAGUGUGAAGCAUCUAAGUAAUGACAUUCAUUAAGUUAAAGGAAGAAAUGAGAAGAGUGUUCAGCUAGCUAACUUUGUGAAGCAGUUGGAGCUUAUCACUGAAGUAGAAUGAGUCACAAAGGACGUCAAAGUAAUAUCCGAGCCGCGGACAUUUAUCCAUGAAAAUAUGGAGAAGCUGUUCGGAGAAGAUGCCAUAGCACACAUCCUGCGCCUCAUUGUGCCGCCUAAUCCCCGUGCCAUUGUGCUGGCUGGAAUGUGAAAAGCGAUGCAUCAGCGGGCGGCGACAGAAGGAGGAUCCGAGGCGGCGCCUGCUCACUCGGCCACGGCGGUCACUCUCAGCCCACCUCUGCUCCGCUUCUCCCCCGUUGCACCUCCUCCCUGCCGGGGGACGCGAGAGGACUCUCCUGGUGCCCGGCAGAGCCACGGCUGUGUUUAACUUUGCCGUCCUGGUCGGCAACGCUACAAAGCCCAGGCGUCCGCCCACCUCCUUUCCUGGUCUUGCCUGAGCUCGGGCAGCAUGGCCGCCCCCUCCGGCGCGGAAGUGAAGGAACUCAACCCGGUGGACUUCAUCCAGCUCCAGCAGUACAUUGAAUAUUGCAGCCUGAAGGUGAAAGACGUGCUGCGGGAGUUUGAUGCAGAUGGCCGCCUUGCCCGCCACAGGCACGGAGAGUGCAUCAACGAAGAAGGCUUUCGACUUUUCCUCAAGACUUACUUGGAAGUGGACGACUUCCCGGCAGAUCUGUGCCAGCGGCUCUUUCGCUCUUUCCAGAACUCGGAACCCGCCCAGCUAGACUGUGCCAAGGAGGUGUUUCUGAAGGAUGUUUCCUGUUACUUCUCCCUGCUGGAGGACGGUCAGCCGCGGGACAAGUUGGAGUUCGCUUUCAAACUCUACGACAGAGACGGCAACGGCGUCCUGGACAGCUCGGAAGUGGACAGAAUCAUCGCCCAGAUGAUGCACGCCGCCGAGUACUUGGGAUGGGACGUGUCCGAGCUCAGGCCGGUGCUGAAGGACAUGAUGAAGGCGAUCGAUGCCGACAGCAGCGAUACGGUCUCCCUGGAGGAGUGGGUGGAGGGAGGCAUGAACAACGUGCCCCUGCUGGUCCUGCUGGGCUUGAAGAUGACCCAGACGGACGGUCAGCACUUGUGGAGGAUGAAGCAUUUCAACAAGCCCGCCUACUGCAACGUGUGCCAGAGCAUGCUGCUGGGCCUCAGGAAGCAAGGCCUGUGCUGCACCUGCUGCAAGUACACCGUUCACGGCCGCUGCGCCAACAGGAACCCGGCCCCUUGCACCAGAACCUACGUCAAGUCCAAGAAAGAAACAGGGGUUCCCGUGCACGACUGGGUGAGCGGCAACUGCGACUCCAGGAAGUGCGACAAGUGCCAGAAGAAAAUCAAGAGCUUCCAAGGCCUGACGGGCAAACACUGCGUGUGGUGCCACUCCAUGCGUCAUGACGCGUGUGCGGCCGAGGAGCCCAGCGAGUGCACGUGCGGCCCGCUCCGAGACCACAUCCUGCCCCCCUGGGCCGUCUAUCCUGUCAUUAAGGACAGAUCCAACAACGGCUGCUCCGCUCAGACGGACGACGCUGAGCUCAACACAACUCCUGACGGACAGGUCCUACAGAUCAGCCCCGUGCCCAACACACACCCUCUUCUUGUGUUUGUCAACCCCAAAAGUGGAGGCAAGCAGGGGGAAAGGGUCCUGCGUAAGUUCCAGUACUUGCUGAACCCUCGACAGGUGUACAACCUCUCCAAUGGUGGACCAGCGGCGGGCCUGAGCUUCUUCAGGAACAUUCAGGACUUCAGGAUCCUGGUGUGCGGCGGCGACGGCACAGUGGGAUGGAUUCUGGACGCCAUCGACAAAGCCAACCUGCUGGUGAGGCCGCACGUGGCCGUGCUUCCUCUGGGCACAGGAAACGACCUGGCUCGCUGUCUGCGCUGGGGAGGAGGUUACGACGGUGAAGACCUGAGUCGCAUCCUGAAGGACAUCGAGGGCAGCUCCCAGGUUCUGAUGGACCGCUGGAGCGUGCAGGUCAUUACGGAGGAGGACCAAGAGAAGGGCGACCCCGUGCCGUAUGAAAUCAUCAACAACUACUUCUCCAUCGGAGUGGACGCCUCCAUCGCUCACCGCUUCCACACCAUGAGGGAGAAGCAUCCACAGAAGUUCAACAGCAGGAUGAAGAACAAGCUGUGGUAUUUUGAGUUUGCCACCUCGGAGACCAUCUCGGCCUCCUGCAAGAAGCUCAGCGAGAGUCUGAGCAUGGAGUGCUGCGGGACUCCUCUGGACCUGGGCGCCCUGUCCCUGGAGGGCGUGGCCGUCCUUAACAUUCCCAGCAUGCACGGCGGCUCCAAUCUGUGGGGCGAGACCAAAAAGGGCGAGGGGAAGGGGCCGAGCGGUCAGGACGAGCCCGACGUCAUCAUGGACCCGGAAGUCCUCAAAGUGACCGGUCAAGACUUGAGCGACCGCCGCCUGGAGGUGGUGGGCCUGGAGGGCGCCAUGGAGAUGGGUCAGAUCUACACGGGCCUAAAGAGCGCCGUGAGGCUCGCCAAGACGUCGCAGCUCACCAUCAGGACCAAGAAAGCGUUGCCCAUGCAGAUCGACGGUGAACCUUGGAUGCAGUCGCCCUGCACGAUCCACAUCACACACAAGAACCAAGCAAGCAUGUUGAUGGCUCCUCAGGCCAAGUCGUCAGGAUUCUUCAACUACAAAUAGAAGCAGACUGUUUAGCAAACAGCAUCAUCAAGUUAGUAUUAGUCCUAAAAAUAGAUUUAUAACAACUCAAAUCCAGGGCUUGAUAUAUGAUUUUUUUUGUUAAAAAUCAGAAAUGAACAUUAGAAAAAUAAGAUGCCAUAAAAGUGAAUGAAUCGCCAUUCACAACCAUGUGACUUCUCACAGCCAAUCAGAUCAUCCAUACGGAUCAUUUUUUUUAAUUGAUUUGAUAAUUGUUUAAAAAUACAAAAAAAUGUGGGCUUGAUGUAAGAAUUUUCCAUAUUUACCCACUUUUUCGUUAUUAAAAACUUAUCAGAAUACAAUUUAUGCUGCGGUUGCCAGACCCCACAUACUUGAUUAUUGUAUAUAUACUGACUUUAAUGUUAUUUUCUAAAUAUACAACGCCAUGUAGGAUCUAAAUGUGCUUUAGAGAAGGUGCCUUUUCCUUUGCGUUUGUCUGGCUCGGGUCGACACACUGGGAGCUGUGCAAAAACUUGUAGUUGUGUUGUUGUUGUUGUUGUUGUUGUUGUGGCUCCACAGAUAUCCUAUAAUUACUUUAUUAUUAAUACAAAAUAAUAAUGCAUUUGGAAAGGACCAGGAGCUGGGGACUGAAUGUUGAUGAACGAGUGUUUGGUGGAACAGUAUUUGCCUAAUUAUUGUGUGUGUGCGUGUGUGUGUGUGUGUCUGUUCGUGUGCGUGUGUGUGUGUGUGUGUGAGGUGUGUGUGUGUGUGUGUUUAUGUUCAUCAUGUGUGUUUACACGAAGGACAACUUUCAGGCUCCAGAAGGGUGUUUGUGCAGCGAAUAAUGUUGUCCUUUUUAAAGAUGUUUACUAUUUAAAAGCUCUUAUCAAGUCAAAUCAUUCUAGAAUAUUCACUUACAUGCUCAUGUGACUGCCCCAAGUAACAGAAUGUAUAAUUCUAUUUAAUAAAAACCACCAGACGUCA